AUGACCAGCUUUCAAACUUUACCACCUGAAAUUCUCUCGCAAAUUGUCUCUUGUUUAAACUAUGGUUAUUCGUACCUUCGUAAUCUCAAGCUUACGUGUCGCCGCCUAUCGAAACUUGCGGAACCUUUCUUGCACCGCAAAGCUCUUCAGGACUAUACUGUCCUCCAGCAAUUGGUGCGGAACGACCAAGGUGAUAUACUCGAGCCGAUUCUUCACUCUCAAGUCAAGCCGAAAUGGGCUGCACCCCAACACUAUCUCGACAGCUGCCUCCACGACGCCCUCCUGGGAGGUCACGUCAAAGCUGCCGACGCCCUUAUCAACAACGGGGCGGAGAUCGUCUUAAGCGACGAUGUUAUAGUUCGCUCAGAAUUUCCUGAGACAAGGGAGUGGCUGGAGGCUCAUGAUGCAACGGGACUCGGAUCUCUCGCCCUCGCAGCCAGAAGUCGAUACCACAUGACGUUCUGGUACAAGGGGUGCGCUCCCUACGCCUCCGAGAAAGAGUUUUGGGAAUGCAAGAGAAAAGUCAUGAAGAGGAUUUUGGAAAAACUCGAGAUUCAGAUUCCAAAACAUGAUCCGAUCCACGCGAGGGAACUUGACAUGGCACUUGCCGAAGCUGCAAAUGCGGAUGGGCACUCCAUCGAACUGAUGGGAUUUCUCUUCAACAAUGAUGCGAGUGUUAGCUGCAAAUCUACGCCGCAGGUUGCUGGGAAAGCCUGGCACAAUGCUUUGAACGAGGAGAUACCGGCUCUUUUCGAGGCCAAGGUGGAUUGGCUCCUUCUUCAUGAUGUCGACUCGACAAAGGUCUGGACCUGGGAGGGCACGCGAACACCGAUACAGUUUUUCCUCCGCAAGUUAUACCGAAAUUUUCAAUACUUUGAAGAAGGCAGCGCCUUCACGAACAAGGUCUUUGGUUACAUGGAGUACUUGGAGUCAUGGGGAUGCCUACACUGGUCACAAUCCACUCUGAGAUCCUUAGUACUCAGCAUCGGAACUGUUCAGAUUAACUGCAUCAUCGACUAUCCUCGAACGGAGGAUUACUGUGGCUUGCUCAGUGCUGAUGGUGACAACGCCGAUGGUAGGCGGGAGCUCGAGCUCAUCUUUAACGAGCCGGACGAAUCCCUGCAGCCACUUCGAGUGGCCUUAUCGAAUCAGAUUGCACUCAAACACUUUCGGGACCUGGUGAUACUGCCGUCACCCACUUUCAGAGAGUGGGUUGACAAGGAAUCAAUGCCAACAGCCAUCCAAAAUCUCGAUAAGCUGUUCAGGGACUUUCUGCCUCGUCACCUCGUGUGAGAAGCAUUCGUGCUGUAGAGGAGC